AACUCCAGCAUGAGAUCUCUCUCGGCGUGGCUUGGACUUGCCUUGACGUCUCUGGUCGCCGCUGCACCUGCGGGAGAAUGCGCUCACAAGGUCAAGGAGAGCGUCUCUCCGCCUCGAGGUUGGAUCAAGGGUAGCCCUGCACCGACUGAUCAUGACAUCGAGCUUCGGAUUGCAUUGCCGCAGUCCAACUUCGCCGAAUUGGAGCAGCAUCUGUGGGAAAUCAGCGAUCCAUUCCAUCCACGCUACGGUGCGCAUUUAUCCAAGGAGGACGUCGAAGCGCUUGUUGCUCCACACGAUGACAGUGUACAGUUGGUCGAAGAAUGGCUUGCCUCUCAUGGACUUGCAGGAGAUGCCCUGUCUCGUUCUCCUGCAAAUGACUGGAUCACUGUCAAGGUUCCAGUCAGCCUGGCAGAGACCAUGCUGAAGACGGAGUACCACAUCUGGACUCACGCUGCAAGCGGAGACUCACUAGUCCGCACUACAUCGUACAGUCUUCCAGAGCACCUUGUUGAUCAUGUGGACCUCGUGCAACCCACGACAAUGUUUUCGCGAUUCAAGAGGAUGAGUACUACCUACAACUCUUUACAGAGACAGUCCUCGAUUAUGGCCACUGAUCCGGGAUACAUUCCUGAUCCCUCUGCAUAUGGAGGACAAGUGAACGCGAGCUGUAACGCCACCAUUACACCAACGUGCCUCAAGCAGCUGUAUAAUGCGGUGGCUUACGAACCAGCCGCCGCAGGAGUCAAUAAGGUCGCCGCCACCGGAUAUUUGGAUGAAUAUGCAAAUCAUGAGGAUCUACAAAUGUUCUACGCGGCACUUCUGCCUCAGGCAGUUGGCUCUACGUUUUCUGUGGUGUCCGUCAAUGGUGGUCUGAACAAUCAGACACCAGCAGAAGCAGGUGUCGAGGCAGACCUUGACGUCGAGUAUGCGUUCAGCCUUAGUUAUCCGACCCCCGCGACAUUUUAUACGACGGGUGGUAGCCCGCCCUUCAAGCCGGAUGAUCUUGAACCAACUGACUCAAACGAGCCGUAUAGCGAAUGGCUUAGCUACAUGCUCUCUAUAGAGGAUCCACCACAGACGAUUUCGACAAGCUAUGGUGAUGAUGAACAGACAGUUCCGUACAGCUACGCGAAGCGCGUCUGCGAGGACUUCGCUCAAUUGGGUGCGUCUCGAGGCGUCUCGAUUAUAUUUGCGUCUGGUGACGGUGGAGUGGGUGACGGAGAUCCCGACCCAGCAACGCAGGAGUGCUACAGCAAUGACGGACGCAAUGUGACAGAGUUCAUCCCUGGAUUUCCUGCAAGCUGUCCCUAUGUGACUGCAGUUGGCGCGUUACAGUAUGUUCCUGAGAUUGCAGCCAACUUUUCUGGCGGUGGAUUCAGCAACUAUUUCCCGCGUCCAUCCUACCAGAAUUCUGCUGUUGAAGCAUAUUUGAGCAAGUUGGCACCAGGUACCUAUGCGGGGCUGUAUAAUCCGAAUGGCCGUGCAAUCCCCGAUGUCGCAGCACAGGGAGUGAACUUCCAGAUAUUCUGGGAUGGGAGUCCGUACCUAGUUGCCGGAACGUCGGCAUCGACCCCGUCGUUCUCGGGCAUCGUGUCCCUUUUGAAUGAUGCACGCAUUGCCAAUAGCUUGUCCCCCCUGGGUUUCCUUAAUCCUCUGGUCUACGCGCUCGGCACCAUCUCCUCGCCUGCAUUCAAUGAUAUCACAGUGGGCAAUGCUCCUGGCUGCGGUACUCAGGGGUUCAAUGCGUCAGUGGGAUGGGAUCCUGUGACAGGAUGGGGAAGUCCGAAUUUCGGUGUUCUGAAGGAUAUUGUACUUGGCAAUACAUCAGCGCUAUGGAGCGCUUAGGCAGACCGAUGUGUAUUGUGGGUGCUUAGCAGAUACUCCCAUGACGAUACAAUCACUGCUACUCGU